UUCUCAUUAAUUCAUGUUUAAUUUCUCUUUUCCAGUUCAAAGAUUGAAUCUUGAAGCAAAAAAAUAAAAAUAAAAAUAAAAAAUGAAGUGUUUCUAUUAUUUUAAGGAUAGAAACAAAAGCAGCGGUGUCCGAAAAUCAGCGCCAAUUCUGAAAACCCAGAGCAAAGACACGUCAUCACAAACAGAGAGGGUUACAAAAUCUUCUGGCUCUGCAGCUGCCACGUCACCACGGAGUAUACCUGAGCUGUACGAGGAAAAAGCCCAUAAUUUGAGGGUUUUUACAUUCUCCGAGCUGAGGCAGGCCACUAAUAAUUUCAGCAGAUUAUUGAAAAUUGGCGAGGGUGGUUUUGGGUGUGUGUACAAGGGGGCCAUCGCCCCCGUUGGUGGCAAAAAGGGUGACUCUGUUAUUGUUGCUAUCAAGAAACUCAAUAGAGAUGGCCAACAGGGCCAUAAACAAUGGGUGGCAGAAGUGCAAUUUUUAGGCGUCGUUGAACAUCCAAAUCUCGUGAAACUUAUCGGAUAUUGUGCAGUCGAUGGAGAGAGAGGUAUACAGCGGCUACUAGUAUACGAAUACAUGCAAAACAAAAGUUUGGAAGAUCAUCUUUUUAACAGGGCUUAUCCGGCUUUAUUGUGGGAUUCUCGAUUAAAUAUAAUAAUCGGGGCUGCUCAAGGAUUAGCUUAUCUUCACGAAGAAUUGGAAAUCCAGGUUAUAUAUCGGGAUUUCAAAUCGUCCAACGUGCUAUUGGACAACAAUUUCGAGGCGAAGCUUUCGGAUUUCGGGCUCGCGAGAGAGGGUCCCACCGCCGGACACACUCAUGUUUCAACUGCUGUAAGUUUAGUUUCACUUUAA